UUUUGAUUGACAGGCUGUGUACGAGCCUCUAUAUAAGAGGAGGGACGGAGGUGCUGCAGUCACUGUUGUGCCUCCAGUGCUCCAGUCUGUGGAUUUGGUGAACCAAAAGUGGACUUAACGUUUUUACGCACGGGGUUACAGGAGAUACACGCUCUCAUUCAUUUAAUCAUUUGUUAUCCAUCGGCUGCUUAAAUUUCAUUCUUCUAGUUUUUUUUUUUUUAAUUGUCUUUUUUUUAUUAUUAUUAUUAUUAUCGGAUAUUUAACUCCAUUUCAUCCCAGAUUUGGCAUUGUCGUCAGGAGAUAUGAUACUCAGGAGAAGUCUCUACUUGCUGCUCUUAUCAUUUAAUUUCCUCCACGCAUUAACUGAAGAUGGAGAGCAGGAGGAUGAGACAUUGUUUGACUUGUUUGAGAUCAGUCACAUUACCCGCAAGACAUUGGGAGCCAAACAGUUUCGGGGCCAAAACUCAGAUGCCCCUGCAUACCGCUUCAUCCGCUUUGACCACCUGCCUCCAGUCAGCCCACCUAUACUAAAACAAAUACUGAGACAAAUCCAAAACAAUGAAGGCUUUGUGUUUGUGGCCAGCAUACGCCAGGACCGUGCCUCAAGGGGCACCCUGAUUGGUUUGGAGGGCCCUGAUGGCCGAAGGCAGUUUGAGAUUGUGUCCAACGGACGGGCCAACACACUGGACCUGGUUUACUGGGUGGACGGUUCACAGAAUGUGGUUUCUUUUGAGGAUGUGGACUUGUCUGACUCACAGUGGAAGAAUAUCACACUUCAUGUACAUGGAGAAAAUGCAAACCUGUUUGUUGGCUGCAGCCUGAUAGACAGCUUCAUCCUGGAUGAGCCAUUCUAUGAGCACCUUAGGGCUGAAGGGAGCCGCAUGUAUGUUGCAAAGGGAUCCAUCCGAGAAAACCACUUCAGGGGCCUUCUGCAGAAUGUGCAUUUCAUCUUUGACACCCCAGUGGAGGACGUCCUCCUGACCAGAGACUGCGAGGUCACAAAGCAAGAUGAUGCUAAUAUUGUGAGUGAGAGCACAGAGAUCGUGGAUGUGAGUCCUUCCAUCACGACCAACAUUAUAGGUCAGAAGACAGACGAUGCGGGUGCAGAAAUGUGCGAACGCUCAUGCGAGGAACUUAGCACCAUGUUCCAGGAGCUCAAAGGCCUCCGUGUUGUCGUCAGUAACCUCAUUGACGGCUUGCAGAAAGUGACAGAGGAGAACACUGUCAUGAAGGAGGCCCUUGGGAGGAUGAAGAACUCUAAAGAGAAAAACAUGUGCUGGCAGGAUGGCCGACUUUUUGAUGAUAAGGAAGACUGGGUUGUAGACAGCUGCACCAAAUGUACCUGCCAGGAAUCCAAGAUAGUUUGCCACCAAAUUACUUGCCCUCCUGUGGCCUGCGCAAGCCCCUCAUUUAUCGACGGCGAAUGCUGCCCCGUGUGUAUUCCUCAAGACAGUGAUGAUGGUUGGUCGCCAUGGUCUGAGUGGACAGAGUGUACAGUCACCUGUGGGAUAGGAACUCAGCAGAGGGGUCGGUCAUGUGACGCGACCAGUAAUCCCUGCACUGGAGCUUCAAUCCAGACCCGCAAGUGCAGCCUGGGCAAAUGUGACAGUCGUGUUCGCCAGGAUGGAGGCUGGAGUUUGUGGUCUCCGUGGUCGUCCUGCUCAGUGACCUGUGGCGAGGGUCAGAUCACCAGGAUACGACACUGCAAUGCCCCAGUGCCACAGCUGGGGGGCAACGACUGUGAGGGAAGUGGGAGAGAGACUCAACGAUGCACUGCGCAACCCUGUCCCAUUGAUGGUGGCUGGGGUCCUUGGUCUCCGUGGGCAACCUGUUCUGCAACAUGUGGGGGCGGGAUCAAAAGUCGGACGCGUGAGUGCAACAGCCCUCAACCUCAGUUUGGCGGCAACAAAUGUAUCGGAGAGGCCAGUGACAGUGACGGCUGUAACAACCAAGAUUGCCCUAUUGAUGGCUGUCUAUCUAACCCAUGCUUUGGUGGAGUGGAUUGCAACAGCUCUCCAGAUGGAUCCUGGGAGUGUGGCCCAUGCCCUGCUGGUUUCCGUGGAAAUGGUACCCACUGUGAAGAUAUUAAUGAGUGUGCCAUGGUGUCUGAUGUCUGCUACAAAGUGGGUGGAACACAGCGCUGUGUCAACACCGAUCCAGGUUUCCACUGCCUGCCCUGUCCGAAGCGUUACAAGGGCACCCAGCCGUUCGGUAUGGGUGUGGAAGCUGCCAAGAAGAACAAACAGGUGUGCGAGCCGGAGAAUCCAUGCAAAGACAAAACCCACAACUGUCACAAAUAUGCAGAGUGCAUCUACAUCAGCCACUUCAGUGACCCAAUGUACAAGUGUGAGUGUAGGACUGGUUAUGCUGGAGAUGGAUUUAUCUGUGGGGAGGACUCAGACUUGGAUGGAUGGCCCAAUCAGAACCUGGUGUGUGGUGCCAAUGCCACAUAUCACUGCAAGAAGGACAACUGCCCCAGUCUACCCAACUCUGGACAAGAAGACUUUGACAAAGACGGUCAAGGAGACGCUUGUGACAAAGAUGAUGAUAACGAUGGAAUUUUAGAUGAAAGGGACAACUGCCCGCUCCUUUACAAUCCCCGUCAGUUUGACUUUGACAAGGAUGAAGUGGGCGACCGGUGCGAUAACUGCCCCUAUGAGCACAACCCUGCUCAGAUAGACACCGACCACAAUGGAGAAGGAGACGCCUGUGCAGUGGAUAUUGAUGGAGAUGAAAUUCUUAAUGAAAGUGACAACUGCCCUUAUGUGUACAACACUGACCAAAAAGACACAGACAUGGAUGGAGUCGGUGACCAGUGUGACAACUGUCCGCUGCUUCACAACCCCGACCAGACGGAUGCAGACAAUGACUUAGUGGGAGAUCAGUGUGACAAUAAUCAGGACAUUGAUGAAGACGGACAUCAGAACAACCUGGACAACUGUCCGUAUGUGGCCAAUGCUAACCAGGCUGACCACGACCAGGACGGCAAAGGAGACGCCUGUGACUACGACGAUGAUGAUGAUGGUAUACCCGAUGACAAGGACAACUGCAGACUGACGCCCAACGCAGACCAGCUGGACUCUGAUGGUGAUGGAAGAGGCGACGCCUGCAAAGAUGACUUUGACAAUGACAGCAUUCCAGAUAUUCUUGAUGUGUGUCCCGAGAACAAUGCCAUCAGUGUCACAGACUUCAGGAAGUUCCAGAUGGUCCACUUGGAUCCUAAGGGGACCACUCAGAUUGAUCCCAACUGGGUGGUCCGCCACCAGGGCAAAGAGCUGGUUCAGACCGCCAACUCCGACCCAGGCAUUGCAGUAGGUUUUGAUGAGUUCAGUGCAGUGGACUUCAGCGGCACAAUGUACGUUAACACAGACAGAGACGACGAUUAUGCAGGUUUUGUAUUCGGCUACCAGUCCAGCGGACGCUUUUACGUAGUGAUGUGGAAGCAGAUCACACAGACGUACUGGGAGGACAAACCCUCCAAGGCCUUUGGCAUCUCGGGUGUUUCACUCAAAGUCGUCAACUCGACCACUGGCACUGGAGAAAACCUCAGGAAUGCGUUGUGGCACACUGGCAACACUCCUGGACAGGUGCGUACCCUGUGGCACGACCCCAAAAACAUUGGUUGGAAGGAUUACACCGCAUACAGGUGGCAUCUCAUCCACAGACCAAAGACUGGGUUUAUCAGGGUUGUGGUCUAUGAAGGUAAACAGAUUAUGGCAGAUUCGGGACCAGUUUAUGACAAGACAUUUGCAGGAGGAAGGUUAGGCCUGUUUGUCUUCUCUCAAGAGCUGGUGUUCUUCUCCGACCUCAAGUAUGAGUGCAGAGAUAAGCCGGACUUGCCAACAGUGUCCACAAGAUAACUGAAUCAAGGCAGCUAGAAAAAAAACAUCAGAGGGCGAAAGACAAGAAUCUCUAGAAGUAAACAUCACGUCAUCCCUUGAUCCAUUUCAACGUAAAAGACUUUCCAUACAUUUAAAUGUUUUGCCUUGUUCCUUCCACUGCAGAGGAAACCGUGGCUGAUUUCAGUUUUCCUGGUGAAUUAUAUACGUUUCCCAAACUGGGAAAGAACUAAUGAGAGUGGACAAGUUUUAAAAAGCCUUUGCAGUAUAUCUAAUUAUAACUAGCGUACUUAUGUCUACAUUUGUAAAGCAUCCAUUGUACAACCACUUACAUGCUGUAUCUGCUUUCCUACAGUUUCCUACAGUAAGUGACAGUGACAAGUCACUCUCUUACUUAAUUACUUUGCCUUGUGUUUGGUUGAAGAAGGCCCAUCCUCUUCCUCCACAUCAGCUUCAUGGCUUCUGUUUUUGCCGGUGUCUGACAAACAUAAAUUGUAACCAAAGAAUAAUCAUUUAGCUGUCUCAAGUCCAUUACUUUUCUUGCUCUCGUCAUUCUUUUCAUCCCAAAUGUGUUUUAUUUUAAUGGAAAACUUGAGUGAAAGAUUUGAAAUAAGCCAUUGUAGUAAGUGCCAAAGAUGUUUAUACUAAGUCUGUAUUAUAAUUCCUUUUGUAAAUUAUUUAUGCUCUGCUUGUCUUGUUUGCAUUUUUGAUAGAGAUUGUAAAUAAUUAUUUAUUUGUUUACACUGACAAAUAUCACAAGCAUCAAGAUCACACCUAGUAGUGCGAGAUCUGUGUGUCGUCAUGCACUUCCUUCCUUGUUAGUUCAGCAAAUAAAUGUGAGAGCGUAAACAUCAGCUGCUUUUAAAUCAUCACAUACGCAUGUUUGUAUGUGUGAUAGUGAUAGUAGCUGCCAAGGAGAGCUCACUCUGGUGAAGCCACUGUGUUUAUUUUCUUGUCCAGACAGAAUUUCAUUGUCCUCAAAGAGAUAUUUCUUUUUUUUUUUAGCAUCUAUAGGAGCUCAUAAAUGGUCCUUCACCAAAACUGGCUGCGUGUUGUAGCCCUUUUUUCUAACUUGACUUUGCAAAGAGUCCGCAAACAUACCACAUUAGAUCCAGGUAAUAACAUAAAGUACAUUAAAAACAUAGUGAAGUGAUUUAAACAUUACUUCAGAGUUCAGUUUUAAUACGAUUUGUAGUAAAAUCUAGUGUGGUUCUAAUUCUCUGGAGCUUUACUUAACAUGUGACGCACCGCAUGAGCUGAGUUUGAGGUUUAAUCGUAAGUUGUGAUGGAGCCAUUAACGGUAAAAAAACAUCAGUUAUGGAACGUUGUGAAUCUUCACAGUGUUGACUUAAAGGAACCAUAUGAAGGUCUCUGAAAUCUUAAGUAUGAUUGUGUGUCUGUGCAGUGUGGAUCGAAGAGUUGUUAGUGUGCAUCCUUGUUGUCAUUACUCUGUAUAGCUUCCAUGUUCCUCCAUGUUUCCAGCGUGUUUAUUUUUUGAGAUGAGACUUUGCAAUGCACAAAAUGUAAAUGUUUUUUUUUUUUUUUCUCUCUCUUUUGUAUACUUGUGAUGUUAGAUAUACAUUUUCUACAAGCAUUAGUGUGAGAUUGUUCUGUUUCAUAAAUAAAUCACUUGUACAUCAUCUUAUUGAUUAUAUACAUGAGAAUUGAGUUAUUAUCUCCGUAAUUACUGUAAAGCAACAUAAUACCUUUUUAACAAACAUUACACAUACAAAAUAAAAUAUCAACUAAAAUACA